GUGACUUUGUUCCGGUCUGCCAAAGAUGGCGGCGCCCAGAGUGGUAGCGUGAAAGUUGGUGGUGGUAGUCGCUACCUAUUCGUGCUGAAAUCAAAAAAAGUGGGACCGUUAGCCAUGUCGCGACUGAUCGUGAAGAACCUCCCGAAUGGGAUGAAGGAGGAGCGUUUCCGGCAGCUCUUCACCGCCUUCGGCACACUGACGGAUUGCAGCCUCAAGUUCACCAAAGAUGGCAAGUUCCGCAAGUUCGGCUUCAUCGGCUUCAAGUCCGAGGAAGAGGCCCAGACAGCACUGAACCAUUUCAACAAGAGUUUUAUCGACACGUCCCGGAUCACGGUGGAGUUCUGCAAGUCCUUUGGGGACCCGACAAAGCCCCGAGCCUGGAGCAAGCAUGCUCAGAAACCGAGCCAGUCCAAGCCACCCCCAAAAGACAAAGACGCCGUCUCCACGGAAGCUAAGAAAGACGACAAGAAGAAGAAGGUCAUAGGUGAACUGGAGAAGCUGAAAGAAGAUAAUGAGUUCCAGGAGUUCCUGUCAGUUCACCAGAAGCGGACACAGGUGGCCACCUGGGCGAAUGAUGCCCUGGACGCUGAGCCCUCAAAAGGGAAGAGCAAGGCAGACAGUGAUUACCUGAACUUUGACUCCGACUCAGGGCAGGAGAGCGAAGAGGAGGAAGAUGGGGAGAACUCAGAAGAGGGGGAGGAUGGCCUCGAACCCAAGGAACCCAAGGCAGCUGCGCGGAAGGAGCUGUCCGACAUGGAUUAUCUGAAGUCCAAGGUGGUGGCGGCUGAAGCACCAUCCUCGGAAGAGAGCGAAGAUGAAGCCGUGAACUGUGAAGAGGGGAGUGAGGCAGAGGAAGAGGGUUCCUUUGCUGCCCCCGCCCAGCAGGACGGGGGGGCAGCCCCAGCCAAGACCGAGAAACCAGCCAGCCAGAAGGAACCCACCACCCCCCACACUGUGAAACUGCGGGGUGCCCCGUUCAACGUCACAGAGAAAAAUGUCAUGGAAUUCCUGGCACCUCUGAAACCCGUGGCCAUUCGAAUAGUGAGAAAUGCUCAUGGGAACAAAACAGGGUAUGUCUUUGUGGAUUUCAGCAGUGAAGAGGAAGUGAGGAAGGCCCUGAAAUGCAACAGGGAGUACAUGGGCGGACGCUACAUCGAGGUAUUCAGGGAAAGGAGUGUCCCUGCGGCCAAGGCACCCCUGAAGAAUGGCGCCAAACCCUGGCAAGGCCGGACGCUCGGGGAGCACGAAGAGGAGGAGGACCUGGCCGACUCCGGGAGGCUCUUUGUGCGAAACCUGCCCUACACCAGCUCUGAGGAGGACCUGGAGAAGCUCUUCUCUGAAUACGGUCCCCUGUCGGAGCUGCAUUACCCCAUCGACAGCCUGACCAAGAAGCCCAAGGGCUUUGCUUUCGUCACCUUCAUGUUCCCAGAGCACGCCGUGAAGGCCUACGCGGAGGUGGACGGGCAGGUGUUCCAGGGCAGGAUGCUCCACGUGUUACCAUCCACCGUCAAGAAGGAGGCCAGCGAGGACGCCGAUGCCCCAGGAUCAUCGUCCUACAAGAAAAAGAAAGAGUCCAAAGACAAAGCCAACAGCUCCAGCUCUCACAACUGGAACACACUGUUCAUGGGUCCCAAUGCAGUGGCCGACGCCAUCGCCCAGAAGUACAGCGCCACCAAGAGUCAAGUGUUCGACCAUGAGACCAAGGGCAGCGUGGCCGUGCGUGUGGCCCUGGGGGAGACCCAGCUCGUCCAGGAAGUGCGACGUUUCCUCCUCGACAACGGGGUCUGUCUGGACUCCUUCAGCCAGGCUGCCGCCGAGCGAAGCAAGACCGUGAUCCUGGUGAAGAACCUCCCCGCAGGCACCCUGGCGGCUGAGCUGCAGGAGAUCUUUGGCCGCUUCGGCAGCCUGGGCCGUGUGCUCCUGCCAGAGGGCGGCGUCACAGCCAUCGUGGAGUUUCUGGAGCCGCUGGAGGCCCGCAAGGCCUUCCGACACCUAGCCUACUCCAAGUUCCACCACGUCCCCCUUUAUCUGGAGUGGGCUCCGAUGGGCGUCUUUUCCAGUCCAGCCCCCCAGAAAGAAGAACCCCAAGACGCACCAGCGGAACCAGCGGGAACGGACAGGAUGGAGGCAGAAACAGAUGGUGAGACCCCAGAAGGUGAACAGCCGACAGAUGGAGCAGCACACGAUGCUUCAGCAAGGAUGGAAGAGGAGGAGGAGGAAGAGGAGGAGGAGGAGGAAGAGAGCCUUCCCGGGUGCACUCUGUUUAUCAAAAAUCUCAACUUUGACACCACCGAGGAGACGCUGAAGGGAGUGUUUUCCAAAGUGGGUGUGGUGAAGAGCUGCUCCAUUUCCAAGAAGAAGAACAAAGCAGGAGCACUGUUGUCCAUGGGGUUUGGGUUCGUGGAAUACAGGAAGCCAGAGCAGGCCCAGAAAGCUCUCAAGCAGCUCCAGGGUCACGUCGUGGACGGCCACAAGCUGGAAGUGAGGAUCUCGGAACGAGCCACCAAGCCAGCCCUGACAUCGACCCGGAAGAAACAAGUGCCCAGAAAGCAGACAACCUCCAAGAUCCUUGUGCGGAACAUCCCCUUCCAGGCUGACAGCCGCGAGAUCCGAGAACUCUUCAGGUGGAUUCUUUACUGCUGAGCCUCCAGGGAAGUCCGUUCAUCUCUGUAGAAUGGCAGGACUAACAGCUGUUUCCAGUUUGCCAUAAGGACAAGGUCAAUGCUAUUGGUGAAGCGCUUGGCCCUUCUACAGUCCAGAGAAUGCUGUAUCUGGUACCCAGAACUCCCACAGCACACACUGGGAGGGCACUGCUUACUCCCAGCCCUCCUGCUAACUAGCCACAUGCUCUUAGAAGACGUACCUUAUCUUUCUGCUCCUCCCCAAGGAUGCUCAGAAGUGAGGGAGCUUAACAGCACGAAGGUCUCCAGAAAGGUUUUACAUUCUAAAGGAGCAUUUUGUAAGAUCACAGGCCAUGGCCAUGUUUCUCAAACUUGAGAAAUAUAUAAACUGCCCUCCUUUUAAAAGAAAAAUCCUAUGGCCCUUCCCCACAUAGCAAUGAUGCAAAUAUUUUUAUAAUGAUGUUACUCAACUGUGUACAAAUGUAAAACCUAGCAUCAACCGACAACACUUAACAGUUCUCUUAGGAGCAUAUAACCAAACACAUUUUUACAUUAAAUACAAACAGAAUUCAAAAUCAAUAACGUUCAAAUUAACAACAUUUUUUUUCAGUGUGAUGGAUGAUGUUGUUUUGUGGAAACCAAAUUCAGAAUGUGGGUUUUAAUAUUAGGAAGAUAUAGCCGCAGGUCCAGAUCUGUAAUCGGUGUCCCUACUUUUCUGUCAGUCAUACUAAUGCACAGGAUGCUUGUUUGCAUAAGUAAGUAUGGGCAGGAGGGGAAGGAUUUUUUUUGCCAGUGCAGCAUAAUCAGAUCUCUCUUACCAGAAUCUCAGCCAGUCGUCAGACGUCCCUUUUAAGGCAGCGCUGCUCAGUGGUUCUGUAAAGCCAUCUCCAUUACUUAAGAAUAAAAGUUAGCAUUAUAGUGUCACUGAAAAUAUCAGUGAAUAGGACAACCAGUUUCUUGUCAACUUGAGGACAGAGAAGUGUCCUUCCGGCUGAUCGUUCUCUUGUUGCAAGUUGGGCAUGUAAAGAUAAGUUCAGCACGAAACAGCGUCUGCUCUUACCCAAGUGCUGUCUACCCUGGUACAGGUCUUUUGAGGUUAGCAUUCUUGUACCAGGACUCUCCAUUAGCACCGUUGCAAUGCACACAUGUAUGCAUAUAUUAAAAAUUACAGAGUGGGGUGGAUUGGGAGGUUGGGAUUGACAUAGAUACAUACGUAUGAAAUGGAUGACUGCUGAGAACCUGCCGUACAGCACAGGGAACUCUGCUCCACGCUGGGUGGUGACCGAGAUGGGAAGGAAAUCCAAGGAAGAGGGGAUAUGUGUAAACAUCACUGGUUCACUUUGCUGUACAGCGGAGAUGAACAGAACAUUGUAAAGCAACUGUGCCCCAAUAAAAAUUAAUUCAAAACAAA